UAGAUUUUUAUAAUGAAUAUGAAAUUCUUGAAGCAGAAAUAGUUGAUUAUCAGAAAAAGAUGAAAAUUAAAUAUAUCUUCCGGAAGAAGUUGUUUGUACCGUUGAGGCAACAAUAUCGAAUGACUAUAGAAGACAAGCUAUGGAGUAUUGGAGGAGCGGUAAAACAAGACCAAGAUCACUUGAAGGAGUCAAGUAAAAAUUCAAGGAAGUUACGUCGAUACCACAGCUACGAUGAUGGGAGAACUACAUCAAUGGAGGUGCUCGAUAGGCUUCUCGAGCGCAAGAAGAGGAAAAUGCACCAGGAUUCAAAGUUUCCAUCAAUCCCGAGUCAAAAUAUUCAAACUAUAUGUUAUUAUAUCUCGAAAGAUGACAAAAUUUGUUACGAAAAAAUCUUGACAUCUUUAUUAUAGAAAGCAGAUUUAGAAAAUAAGUGCGAUAUAUUUACUACAAACGUAAAAUAUUACUCGAUAUGAUGUAGAAAAUAUUUAUAAUUCGGAUCAAAGUGGAUUUCAAUUA